CGGAGCUGAGCUGCUGGAAAGGAGCUCUGCAGUGAAGGACCUGAUGGUCCUGGAGGUGCCCAGCAGGUGACCAGCAGUUGACUACGAGCCAGCAGUGUGCCCUGGUGACCAAGAGGGUCAAUGGUUGACCAACAGUUGACCAAUGACUGACCGUGACUGGAAAGAAGCUCUGCAGACCAGGACCUGGUUGUCCCGGUGGCCAAGAAGGCCCAUGAUUGACCACGAGUCAGCAGUAUGUUCUGCUGGCCAAGACAGCCAGCGGUGAGCCCUGGUGACCAGCAGGGCCAACAGAUGACCAGCAGUUGAGCAGUGGUCCACCAUGAGCCAGCGGUGAGCCCUGGUGGCCAAGAGGGCCAGUGGUUGACCUAUUGGUUGACCACAAGUCAGCAGUAUGUCCUGGUGGUUAAGACAGCCAGUGGUUGACCAACAGUUGGCCAAUGGUUGACCACGAGCCAACGGUGAGCCCUGGUAGCCAAGAGGGCCAGUGGUUGACCAACAGUUGACCAAUGACUGACCGUGAGUGGUAAGAAGCUGUGCAGACCAGGACCUGUUGAUCCUGGUGGCUAACAGGUGACCAGGGGUUGGCAACAAGCUGGAAGCAUAUUCUGGUGACCAAGAAGAUCCAGGAUUGACCACGAGGCAGCAGUAUGUCCUGGUGGCCAAGAAGAUCCAUGAUUGAGCACGAGGCAGCAGUAUGUCCUGGUGGCCAUAGAAGAUCCAGGAUUGAGCACGAGGCAGCAGUAUGUCCUGGUGGCCAUAGAAGAUCCAUGAUUGACCACGAGGCAGCAGUAUGUCCUGGUGGCCAUAGAAGAUCCAUGAUUGAGCACGAGGCAGCAGUAUGUCCUGGUGGCCAUAGAAGAUCCAUGAUUGAGCAUGAGGCAGCAGUAUGUCCUGGUGGCCAUAGAAGAUCCAUGAUUGAGCACGAGGCAGCAGUAUGUCCUGGUGGCCAAGAAGAUCCAUGAUUGAGCACGAGGCAGCAGUAUGUCCUGGUGGCCAAGAAGAUCCAUGAUUGACCACGAGGCAGCAGUAUGUCCUGGUGGCCAAGUCAGCCAGCAAUGAGCCCUGGUGACCAGUAGGUCCAACAAAUGACCACCAGUUGAGCAGUGGUUGACCACGAGCCAGCAGUGAGCCUUGGUGGCCAAGAGGGCCAAGGGAACCCUGUGGUGCAUUGCCAGAGUGCAGCCAGUGGGGCAGGGAGGUGCUGCUCCCCUCUGCUCUGCCUUGCAGGGCACUGCUGGAGCGCUGCAUCUUGUUCAGUGUCUCCUGGUUUGGAAACCCGCACUGACUGCAGGGGAAGCUCAUAUGUAGAUCCCUUCCAGUUGGAUUUCUUUGGUGCUGAGCCCUGCAGAGAGGUUUUGCUGUUGGGAUGGGAGCUGGGAGAUGUGCUGAAGCAUCUCACCUUGCGCAGGGCUCGCCACCACCCUGAUGGACGCCACGACGGACAAGGAGCCGCUGGUGCAGGAGCAGAUCUACAACGCUCUGUGCUACCUGGGGGAGGCCGAACCCGAGGAGAUCCUGCAGUGCUGCGACGAGUAUCUGCGGCAGCACGACAAGCUGGCCUACCCGCACCGCGUCAUCAUCCUGAAGGCGAUGGAAACGGUGGUGAAGAACAACAUCUCCAGCUUGGACAAAAGCACGGCGAAGGCGGUCAUCUUCCUGGCAUCCAACGAGAUGACCAAAUCGAAGGAGGUGGUCUGGGAAUGGCAGCAGGCAGCCAGCAGCGUGCUGGUGGCCGUCGGGCAGCGCUUCAUCAACAAAGUGAUGGAGGAGGUGCUCACCAAGUUCCAGCCGGGCAUCCUGCCGCAUUACUUCGUCAUGCAGACCUUCGCCAACCUGGCGGUGUCCAACGUGUUCGGGAUGGUGCCUUUCCUCAACUCCAUCCUGGGGACCAUGCUGCCCAUGCUGGGGAUGGCCAAGCAGGACCACAUGAAGUCUGUCUUCUGCUAUGCCCUGCAGCACUUCAGCGAGAGCAUCCAGGAGUACGUGGCCAACCUGGACCAGGCCCCCGACCCCACGGUCAGGAAGGACACGUUCUGCAACGAGAUCUUCAGUGCCUACGAGGUGCUCUUCAACAGCUGGCUGCAGCACCGGGAGCCCAAGCUCCGGCUGGCGGUGGUGGAAGCUCUGGGAGCCAUGAGCUACCUGAUGCCCGGCGAGAAGCUGGAGGACCAGCUCCCAAAGCUGAUCCCGGCCGUCCUCUCCCUCUACAAGAAGCACACGGAGUCCUUCUACAUCUCCAAGAGCCUCUGUCAGAUCCUGGAAGCUUCUGUUGACAUCGGCAGCCGCAGCCUAGACGUGCAGCUGGAUGCUCUGCUGGGCACCCUGCACCCCCAGAUCUGUACUCCUGCUGACCCGGCUGUGCCCCUGACUGUCAAAAACCACACAGAGGUCCUUCGGUGCUUCACUGUGCUUGCCUGCUCCUUCCCUGACCGAGUGCUGACCUUCCUCCUCCCAAAAUUGGAGAGCAGCAGUGAGAGGACGCGCGUGGGGACGUUGCUCAUCAUGAGACAGAUCAUCAACAGUGCCCCCUCACAGAUGGAGAUUAAAAAGCCCUUUAUCCUUUCUUCGAUGAGACUUCCCCUUCAAGACAGCAACAACAAGGUGAGGCGUGCCGUGGUGCAGGUGAUCAGUGCCAUGGCUCACCACGGCUACCUGGAGCAGCCCGGUGGGGAGGCCAUGCUGGAGUUCCUGGUGCGGCAGUGUGCCCUGCCCUCGGAUGCGCCCCAGAAGCCGCUCCCGGAUGCGGAUGACCCCACGAGUGACAGCGUGCGGAGCAUCAGCGUCAACACGCUGCUCCUCCUCAGCACCACCGUAGAUCGGAUGAACAACGUGCUGUGGCCGUACCUCCUGGAGUUCAUCACCCCCAUGCAAUUCACCAACGCGCUGACCCCCAUCUGCAAGAGCCUCAUGCAUUUGUCCGUGAAGAAACGAGAGGAGGGAGGGAACGCAUCCCUGAUCCCAUACGACCUCAACGGAAAUCUUCCUUCGCCCCACGCUCUAACGACGCGGUUGCUGGUGGUGUCCUCCCGGCCGUACACCGGGGACAGUCGGGGUGCAGCAGCCCUGCGGCUCCUGCACGCCUUGUGCUGCAGCGUCCACCCUGCCCUGGAUCGGCUCUGGAGCAAAAGGAUUCCUCUGCUGGUAGAACGCAUCGAGGAGAACACUGAGAAGUCGCUGCACCUGGAGGAGUGGGAGGAGGAGCUGCUGCUGCUCCUCCAGGAAACGCUGGCAGCAGUUUCAGACAACGCUUGGAUCUGCCACUUCGUGACAGAGAUGUGCCGGCAGCUGAACGGCUACAACGGGUUCCCCACCGAGAAGAACUUUCUGUACAAGUGCAUCGGGACGACGCUCGGGGCGUGCGUGAGCAAAGAGUUGGUCCAGAAACAACUGCAGGAGCUGCUGGAAACGGCCCGGUACAACGAGGAGGCAGAGUGGGAGGGACUCGCUUCCUGCUUCGGGAUAUGUGCAAUAAAUCACCUGGAGGAAACGCUGGCCAAGCUGGAGGAUUUUGUGCGGUCUGAUGUCUUCAAGAAAUCCGUGGGGCUGUUCAGUAUUUUCAAGGACCGCAGUGACCACGAAGUGGAGAAGAUCAAGGGCGCCCUGAUCCUGUGCUACGGGUUCGUGGCCGCUCGCGCUCCCAGGGAGCUGCUGCUGUCCCGCGUCGAGGCCGACAUCCUAAGAAACAUCUCCCAGUACUUCAGCACCAAGGUUCUGGGGAUAAAGGUAGAGACCAAGGACCUGACCCUGAAGCUGUGCCUCAUCCGGAGCAUCGCCAUGAUCAGCCGGGCCGUCCGUGGCAGCACCAAAUGCACUGACUUUGCUUUGGGUCGCAAAGCCGAACUCAUGGCGCAGAUGGUGGAGUUCAUCAAAGGAGAACCGCUGGACUCGAUGAGGACACUGGUGCGGCAGUGGGCGAUGGUCACCUGCACCCACCUCGUCCUCCUGGAGCCCCCACUCAGCGACCCCGACCGCACGGAGCUGAUGGACGCGUGCCUGGCCGGCGUCCUGGCGCUGCCCCCAUUGGACCCACUGUGGGACCGCGAUGGGGACGGCGGCGAUGCGCCCUACAGCGAGGAGCUGUUUGCAGACACCCUCGGUGCCCUCCAGGAGCUGCUGAAGACCCUCCUGCAGCGCAGCCUGACCCCACAUGGCCUGCAGGACGUGUUUGCGCACUUGGGCCCGUGGAUCAAAUCCAGCAAGCAGCACGAGCGGCAGCGUGCCGUGGAGCUCAGCGCCGCGCUGCUGGACUUCUACCUGGGCAGGCUCAACGUCAGCGUAAGUGUGCGUCGGUGGGACCGCCUGUGUGUCCUCAUGUCAUCCCAGUGCCAUCCCGGGGCUGUCUGUGUGUAUCCCAAUGCAGUCCCGGUGUCAUCCCAGGGCCAUCCCAAUGCCAUCCCAGUGCCAUCCCAAUCCCAUCCUAAUGCCAUCCCAGUGCCAUCCCGGUGCUGUCUGUGUGUAUCCCAAUGCAGUCCUGGUGUCAUCCCAGUGCCAUCCCAAUGCCAUCCCAGUGCCAUCCCAAUCCCAUCCCAAUGCCAUCCCAGGGCCAUCCCGGUGCUGUCUGUGUGUAUCCCAAUGCAGUCCUGGUGUCAUCCCAGUGCCAUCCCAAUGCCAUCCCAAUGCCAUUCCAGUGCCAUCCCAAUCUCAUCCCAAUGCCAUCCCAAUCCCAUCCCAGUGCCAUCCCAAUGCCAUCCCAAUGCCAUUCAGUGCCAUCCCAAUGCCAUCCAAUGCCAUUCCAGUGCCAUCCCAAUACCAUCCCAAUGCUAUCCCAAUCCCAUCCCAGUGCCAUCCCAAUGCCAUCCCA